AUGACGAAAUUGCCAUUAUCAGCAUUCACGACAGCUAUUCAUGGAAUCCCACCAGAGGUCGCAAGACAAUGGCUAUGUCUAUUCGCAGUCUUCGUGGUGAUGUACCUUGCUGCUCUGGAUCAAACCAUAGUGAUCACCGUUAUGGCAAAAAUUCAGCAGCGGUUCCACACCAAAACUGGCAUCGGAUGGAUCAUCAGCGGCUACAUGUUGCCUGUGGCUGUUCUGACAUUGGUGUGGGGUCGAUUGGCAUAUCUAUUCGGUACCAAGAGCGUUAUAUGUAUAGCAGUGGUUGUGUUUGAGAUCGGUUCAUUAGUGUCAGCCCUAUCCAUUUCCAUGAACAUGCUUAUAGUCGGCCGAGUUAUUGCGGGAAUUGGCGGUGGUGGGAUCCAAACGGUGGUUUAUCUGAUAUUGAAUGACAUAUCUACCCUCCAAAACCGAGGCAUGUUUCUAAACGUGGUGAACAUUGCGUAUGCUGUCUCUUCAGUUUCGGGCCCAUUACUUGGAGGAGCCUUUGGAAAUUCAUCCAGACUUACCUGGCGAUGGUGCUUUUAUGUUAAUCUGCCAAUUGGGGCGUUUGCGCUCAUCUGUUUGUUGCUAUCAUACAGGCCAAUAAGUGCUACUAAGAAAAUACCCAGCAUCUUGAAUAUGGCUAGAAGUGUUGACCUUAUCGGCCUCAUCUUGCUAAGCUGUGGUCUCACGUUUUUGCUCUUGGGGCUUUCAUUUGUGUGCAAUUAUCGCGGGGAUUCAUUUGCUGUUGCUGGUUGUUUCGUCUUGGGUGGAGUAUUCACAGUUCUAUUCCUGGUCUAUGAUCUAUUUCUCUACAACCCAACGGGUGAUCAACAACCAUUACUGGCGCUGCAACUUCUAAGACUAACUCCAGUGUACACUGCGGCUUUGACCAUGUUUUUUGGGGAAAUGGUAUUCAUCAUAACGUGUAUAGCCGUUGCCAAUGAUCUGCAGUAUGUUCUGGAUCUUUCCGCAUGGAAAACGGGUGUCUAUUUACUGCCGAUGGUGAUGAGUGUGGUGGUGUUCUCAACUAUGACGGCUAUUUUGAUGUCCAAAACUCGUUAUGUGAAACCUUUUGCUCUGACUGGUGCUCUUUUUUCUUGUUUGGGCGCAGGGUUAUUGGUUCAUGCCAUAGCUGCCUCCUCCAAGCCAAAGCUCCUGGGUCUUCAGGUUUUUGUGGGAAUCGGAUUUGGUCUCAUAAUUCAACCAGGCAUGACCAGCCCUCAAAUUCCAGUCAAAGAGGGACAUCCUCAGCUUCUCAACAUGGUAACAACUUUCCUUGCCUUUUGCAGAGCUUUGGGAGCUGCAAUGGGAGCUGCUUUCGAGACGAUCAUCUUCACGGCUACAGUUUUGAAGGAUGUCAAGAUCGCAAAAUUGACUGGGAUUUCAGAAGACUUGAAUGAUUUGUUAGCUGCUGUAUCGUCGGAUUCUUCAUCAUUUUCUGAAGACGGAAAACGGGUCAUUAAAAGUUCUAUUGCAGAUGGCUAUCGAUUGGUAAUGGUUAUAGCUGCCGUGUUUGGUGGAGUCGAGGUUAUAAGCUCGAUAUUCAUGGAUGGUCAUAGAGUUCCUCUUGAUGCCGAGUCAGAGUCCCAGACCCGUUUGGAAAUAUCUGUCGAAGAAUCUGAAGCAUCCUGA